AUGAGAGUAGGAUUUUGUACUGCAGCAUUAUUGAAAUGUGUAAAGAUUUUGUUCUCUGAAUGUGUAUUCUUGUUUCUCUCCUUGCAGAGUACUGUUAGUGAUCUAAGUGUACAUCGUGCAACUCCAGAGGAAAUAGUACGGCGUCAUGAGAUGCACAAGUCCAGGAAUCGUGGGCUGGCUCAAUGGGAACUGCAAGAAAGAGCUCUGAGAAAGAAGUUCAGAAACCAUAACAAGGGGAGCUUGGACCCAUUAGAGAAAAAAAAACUUGCGAUCAUGAGAGAGGUUUUGUCAGACCACUACCAGCUGAAAGACGUACUAGAGCGAUCAGACAGAGCCAUGGCAGUAGUGAAGGAUUUAUUUGGUGACGCACCCCGACGACGCACAGGUAUUCCCAAUGUAACAGUGGCUCCAGACUGUGACCCAGAUACUUCCCAACAACCAAUUAUACAAAAGCUCGAGGCUCCCACUCAGUUAUCUCUCCUUAGUGAAUCUGUCAUGAAUUCUCAGGCACUGAAUGAAGUAGAGGUGGGAGAAGCGUAUGAUAGCGAGACAGAGGAUAGUGAGGUUGAAGAUACCUCUAUUACCUUUCAGUCAAACAUUGAUACAAACAGAUUCCAUCAUUUACUACAUGAAGGUGAGAGUUUAUCACAAUACCAGCAAUGGAAAGGGCAGCAUGAAGUAGCAGGACACCAAGCAGAAAUUGUUGUAAACCCCCCUAGUACCCCACAUAUGUCUUCUGGACCUCUCUGUGUGGAGCAAACUGGAGUAUUGAAUGCUACUGCAGCAGUCCAGAGAGUGAAAUCCAGGCUAGAGACUGAAGGUGAAAGUCAGACUGUGAACGGAAUUUCUGCAGAAGUGACACAUGUGAUUGGUCAAGUGCUUAAUCCUGAAGUCCAGAAACCAAGAAAGAGCUGCAGAAAAGGGAAAAAAAGUCUGAUUGCUGAUGGUCUUGCUAAGCAAAAGAACAGACAUGAGACUACCAGUGAUAGAGCUAACCUUAGUGGAAACCAGUCAAGUAUGGAUGUACUCCAUGACAUGAUUCAAGGUGUGGAAAAAGAGAUGGAGGACUAUGAGCGUCAAACAGGACGUCACAUGAAUGACUGGCAGGCACAGAAAAGUCAGGGGUUAACAGGCUUCACCAUGUCCCUGGUUGGUACUUUGCGCAGGCUGGUGAGAUAUCUGAAAGAGAUUGACUUGCAGUUGACAGAGGAACGUGAACAACGAAGACAACUAGAAAAACAGCAGGAGGAGCAACAAGUGCUGAUAGAUGUAUUAACUGCAGAAGUCAUGUCCUUCAGAAAUCUGAAUGUCACCAUCCAGGAAAAGUUGCAGCAGUACAUGGUUAUAACAGAUGAAGCACUGAUCUCACUUAGCCAAUCUACAAAGGAAAUGCCAUCAAAAAACAGCAGCAGAGAGCAGAUCAAGACAGACUGCACCAUGGAUGCAACCCAGCAUGGAGCUGGUAGCCAAGAGCUACGAAAUGUAAAUGCUGAACCAGACAGAGAAGAGAAGAGUCCUUCAAACCAGGUAGAUGAUAGAAAUUUGCAGAAACAAAGCGAACAGCUAAAUUUGACCAAAACCCAUUGGAAUAGAAAUAUACCUGAACAUCUCUUCCAACCUGCUGUUUUGCUGUCUCCUCCAAGACAGAAGAGUAGACAGGGUCUUACUUCUCCAUGUCAAGCUGCAAGUCCAGAUGAAGGUGCUUUGGAUAACUGUCCUCAGUUCAGGGGCACUCAAUAUAGUACAGUCAGUAGAACUUCAAGUGAAAUUGACAGGCAGGAGUCCAUGGACACUCCAGCCUCUAUGCAGGGCACACCAACAGAAAGCCAUCCAAAGAUCCAGCAGUGGAGGGGAGUGCAAGCAGAAAGGGAUCUUGAACCACCAAGUCAUGAAACAUCUUUUGCUAGUUUACCACAGCCAGACUUUAUUUAUGAAGUGAAUAAAGACAGGGGAAUUCCCGCUUCAUAUAUAUCAUGGGAACCAAUGAGAAAAGAGACUGAUGGAAACCAGUCAACAAACCUCCUACAAAAACAGGAAUCUCUGCUGGCCCAGAUUUCCAGAUUAACAUUACAAAAUUCAUCUAUCAAAGCUGAACUUCAGCAGUUCAAGACUUCUGUCCAGGGACAGGAGAGAAGACCAAAGCAGACUGUUAGUAAUCAGCAUGCAGCUGAAACUACAGCUGAAAAAGUUUCAAAUGGAAUAGUCAGUGAGACAAAGAGCAUUUCAUCACCAUCAGCCCUGGAGGAGCGAAUUGCUGAGUUGAACCGCCAAAGUGCAGAAGCCCGCAAUAAACUCCUACAGUUGAUAGAGCAACAGAAGCUGAUCACUAUCAGUGGAGCUUCACCACCAAUUUCCCCAAUCACUCCACAGGGAAACUGGUCUGGAACUAGAGGACCAGCACUGGAGGUGUCCAUCCCCCUUCCAGAAGCAGUAGAGUCUUCUGCAGAUGGGAGCCCGUCAUCAUCCAGUUGCAUGAACAAUGGGAGAAGAUCAUCAGGUGCUGCUAGCAGGACUGGCUCCCCUUUCUUCUCAAGUGUGGCAGAAGGUAGAUUGACACCUUAUGGUCAGAAGGCAAAGAUUGAAAAGCAAAAUGAGGAAGGGUGGUUUGCACUUUCGACACAUGUCAAGUGACUGAAGUUCAGCAGAAUGUCUACAAAUGCAUACCUCACUCAGUGUGAAGAUCUCUGUACCUACUUUGUCCAGGAAAAAAAAAUAAUCUUUUGUAAUAAAUUCACUGUCAACUGAGAAAGCUAUUUGCUUAACACAACCUUAAUGCAGUUACUGUUGAGUCAGAAAACUGCUGUCUUAACACAAGUACAGAAUGUUGUGCUGAUUGUGACUGCUGCUGAGCAUAUAUAAUGUUGACUUGUAAGAAUAUAAAAGCCCUGACUUGGGCUAGUGUGACUCAUGAAUUAUUUAAUCUGUAGCAUAAAAGUUAGCAUUUAAUAUUGUUGAGGUAUACAUGUCAUUUGCUUGGUUAAAUUUGCAACACUUGGUUGCCAGAAUCCAGUAUUCUAUAGAAAUGUGUAAAAAUUAACUUAUUCUAAAAAGAGCAUAUGAAUUUAGUUUGAUAAUGGCUAAAUGAAUUGUGUGUACCGUGAUAUAAAAUACUGUAUAACUUGUA